UCGCGUCAUACUGUUUCUAUGGUAACCUGCCGAGGAGUGUGUGCCAAUGCAAAUAAUCUUUUUUUCAGAUCCGUUCCUAAACGCACCUGUGCUUUUUUUGGGAAAAUUUUUCAUUCGAAACAAAGCUAUUUACUGUUAAUUAUAUUUUUUGUUAGUUUUUGGUUACUUAACUAAGAAUAAAGACAAUAAAAUGUCAUUGGAUGAACUUCUUCCACGUGUUAUCAAUGCUACUCCUUAUCCAUUUUCAGAGUCUGUAACCGUGAAAAUUACAAAAGAAACUGAUGUGCAGUCUAUCAUAUCGGAAAAUGCACAUAUUUCAUCAUUAAUUAUUACCAAAGAUGUAACUAAUGAAGAAUUAUCAAAUCUCAUGUCAUCUUACGGUGAAACUCUUAUGAGCUUUACGGCUGUAGAUUGUAAUUUUACUGACACCUUACUAGAAAUUAUAUCUAUACAUUGUGUUAAUCUUACCGAAUUAAAAUUAAGUGACUGUCCAGUAACAACGUAUUGCUUAAAAGUUUUAGGUAGAGAUUGUAAAAAAUUGACAUCCCUGUGGAUUAAAUGGAAAUACCUAGAACCUGGAGAAGAUGUUAUAAAUAUUUUGGUUAAAAAUGUGGGUUCAGAAAUAAGAUAUCUUGGUUUGGUAAGAGGAGGAACAUUUAAUGAUGAUGCUAUUAGAUAUUUAGCAGAAUGUUACAGCGGCUCAUUAACAUCAAUAGAUAUAAGUGAAAACAGUUCAAUAACGGAUUCUAAUGUAACAACCCUAUUGCAGUUUUGUAAAUUCAUAAGGUAUAUAGUUCUUCAAGCAACUGAAAUUGGAGAUCAUGCAUUGUCUACUAUAGCAUCAAAUUGUAGCUCCAGGUUAAGCCAUCUUGAUAUAAAAAAUUGCCAAAAUGUUACUGAUGUUGGAAUAGUCGCCUUAGCAAAGGGUUGUACCUAUUUGGAGAUGAUAAAUGUUUCUAAGUGCAGAAUUAGUGAUAUUGGCCUAAGGUCUAUAGCUUUGCAUUGUAAACGAUUAAAGACUGCCUAUUUUUGUGGUUGUUUAGAAAUCACAAUGAUACCUCCGACAUUUUUAGCCUUUAAAAGACUUAGCUAUCUGGAUUUUAGACAAUGCGAAAAUAUUAAAAAACCACCUCAACACUAUUUAACAUUACCGAAACAACUUCCAUAUAAACUUAAUGAAUAUUACCAAAAAUUAGUUUUAAAUUGCUCAAGAUUGACGUUUAUUGGUUGCAUAAAAAGUGGGAAAACUAAUUUAAUUCAUAAACUAUUAAAAAUUACUAAUAACAAUAAUGGAAAGAAAUUUAAUGACGGUCUUGUUUCCUAUUGUUGGCAGCCUCUAUUACAAUCAGCCAAGAAUGAACAUACAAUAGAAGUUUGGGAUGUUACAGAGAGAGAAAGCUGUUUCCAUUACCUCUCCUAUUUUUUUAUAAAAGGAAUAUACAUUUUAGUAUUGACCCCUGAUCGAGCUACUGAACACUUUAUAAGUAGAACAAUCGGUCGAAUCGCUUCAAAGGUACCUUCGUGUGAUAUAAUUACAGUAUUGACAAACAUUGAAAACACGAACGAUAUACAAAUGGUUUGUAAUGACAUACUACAUUAUACAGUGCACACUCUUGAUAAAAGAGACAACUUGAUACAGAAAGAAAUCGAAAAUUUGAGGAAAGUUGACAGUGAAGAUAACUCUUUGAUUCGUAACGAGAUAUCCAAGUUACAGGCGAAAUUGGUCUAUAGACCGAGAAUUCAUAAACCUGUCUUUGUGAUUCAAAAUUGUGAAGAUAUAGAUAAGCUGCGGGAUUAUUUGACGGAUUUUUGCAAGAAUUCAUAUAAAUCUGACAGCGUUUUUGAUAUAAAGCAUUAUGGACUUUUAGAGAGGUUGCUGCAGAGGAGAGAUAAUGAUAAUGAAUUAAUAAUUGAUUGGGUGGAAUUCUGCAAUUCUGCAAAAUGUUUUGGAAUUAAUGAAAAAGAGUUGGAUGACAUUGCUACAACCUUACAAAAUUCUGGGAAAAUAUGGUUUAGUCCUAAACUUCCCAAUGUCCUUGAGAGAUUAACUGAACAGUUAAGAGAUAUUAGAAAAGUUUGCCUGGAUAUUGUAGAGUUUGCAAAUUGCAUUUGUAAAUUACAUUUGGAAGACAAUCGUAAGCAAUUUGAAAUUCAUGCAAAGAGAUUUUGGCCUGAGAAUUCUGCAAAGCCAGAACCAAGAGUAAUUGCAACAAUUCUAGAAGAAAGUGCAACAAAGGGAACAAUACGAUCUAGUUUAUUUCCGAUAUUAUGGCAAAAUCUUACAAUAGAAGAGAGUCAAAUACAAAAAAUGAUAAAUCUUCUCCUGGAAAUGGGUAUUAUAAUGAAGUCUUCCAAAACUAUAUCGGAUAAAGAUUCACUAAUUCUUCCUAAUUAUCCAAAUUUAAAUCCUUAUGACAUAUAUAACGUAUUUAUAUCAAAGUCUGAAGCGGAUUUAAAACCGAAUCUAAAUUGGACUAACAAGCCUUUUAAAGAGGAUGUUCAAAUUUCCUUAAGAUAUCAAGUUGCAAAUAUCUUUAUUCAUCAUUUAAAGUCGGCUGCUGUUUCUCUAAUUUCAGAGGUCAUAACGCCAUCAUACAUAUACCAUUGGAAAGAUGGUACAUUGUUACAUAUAGAAGAUGCUUGGAUAUGUUUUGAAAUGGAAAAUUCAGUUCUUGAAAUCGCCUGCAGAGUUAACGCUGAUGGGGUCGGUGUUACAUCAGCCAUGGAGUAUGUUUGGAUACAAAUUACUCCAUUUAUCAUGGCUCUAGAACACUUUAUUCAUUCAUGGUGCGUUGGCGAAGCUGUGAAAAGGAAAAUCAUUCCCGCUGGGUCAAGAUUAACCCAUGGUAUUGGAGCUUCCCAUCCGAUUGAUGUUGCCGAGUGCCUUGUUGCUAGAUGGAUAGGAGAUUCCGUUUGCGUGGAAACUGACGGGAGAAAUGAUAUUCACAUCGAAGCUGUAAUACUUCUUCCCUUUCCUGUAGGGGAAAAUUCAGAUUGGUUGAACUAUGUAAACUCUGUUUGCUCAAAACGCGGAUUUAUUUUACCAACCUGGCAAGCAUUUAGAGAAAAAACACCUAUAACUUUAUCGCCUAAGACGUCGGUUUCAUCUAAGCCAACAAAAGAGUUAGAAGAGAGUGAAGAAAAAUUAGUUAAUGGUACAGUUGGUCAGGGAAAAGUAUCAAAAGAUGUCAAGUGGAAACUACAGGACGACAACUCUAACACAGAAGAAUUACCAUCAUCAGCUAAAAAGUAUGCUAAAGAACUAGCCGUUGGUAAAACUAAUUGUCUACUUGAAGAAAAUUCAAAGAAAGAGGUCAAAGUUGAAGAAAAAAGCGAAACUUCUACAAGUAUCUCAAACGAUCAAGUUGCUAACACAUUAGUGGCCAGUGCUAUGGCUAACGCAGUGGCAGAUUAUCUUCAAAGUGUGCACGAAGGGGAUUCUUUCGGGGCAACUGUCAUUACAGCAAGCCAGGUAAAAGCCGCCAAAAUGGCAGCUGAAGCAGUAACGGCGGCUCAAAGUGGUCAAGUAGAUAAUGCAGCAAGAGCUGUCUUAGAAUCAGCCAAUCAUAUGGCAGAAGCUCUAAGGAACCAAGCCAACAAUAAAACUCCUUCAGGCAGUAAAAGCACAGUUUGUGUUUUACUUUAAGAUAUUAUCACUAAGAAAUGAGAAUUUAAACUAAUGACACAUUCCGCUAAUUGAUUUAUAUUUAUGCAGUAUUCUCAAAUUUUAUUUCUAAGUAUAUAAUUUUUCAAAAUAUAUUAAAAGACACUCACAUUUAGAAGAGUAUUAUUUUUCAUUUAAUAUUAACUGCAAGAUAGAGAUCAUUUAGAAUUUCUAAAGGAUAUAGACUUUACAAGGAAAAAGGAUAUUAAUUGCAACCUUCUCUAUUACGUGUUAGAAAGACAUAGCUGCAUAAAUCAUAUAUGUGUAUAUAUAUAUAUAUGUAUAUACUGUAUAUAUAUAUAGAAUUAUUUUUUUAAGUAAUAUUAUUGAUGGGAAAGAUCCAGGUAAAAGAAUAAAUAUGUCGUAUAGAUUAUGUAAUCAUUACCAAACAUAUUAUUAAAGUGGUUUAGAGGAUAUCUAAAAUAUACUCUUUACGAAAAUAAAGAAUAUUGUUUAUAAAUAACGUAUUUUAUAUUGUGAGACAUUGAACAGCUCAAUAAAAUCUGUGUAAACAAUAUUGUAUUUCAAUGGUUUUCUUGUCUACUCUAAACAAAGCUUCCAGGCAGAUUUCAAUCAAAAUAUUCAUAUGUUAUAAUUUAUAUGUAUAUAUAUUAGUAUAUCAAUGUGUUUUACUUUAUAUAACUACAAUUCAGUAUAAAUAGAUAUAAAAUGACAUUAAUCAAUUCUUUUCCUCAUUCUUAUAGCAACGAGAUCUUCGUUAUUUCUCAAUUCAUGAAUUAGUGUUGAUUGUUCAUCGUUUGAGUCAACAGUCAUUCCAUAACUACGAAAUCUUAACUUAAAACAAAUAAGCGUUCCAAUGGGAUAAAUUAUAAACGAUAAUAUUGUACCCAGUAUUAAAAUAUCAGUUAUCAAAGCAACCAUCAUUAAAUGAUAAUUAGCAAGUAGUAUUAAAAAUAUGUAUAUAUAAAAAAAGAUCUUUGUUCUCUCAUCGCUUUUGUCAAUUGCGUAGACGAUAACAGGUAAUAAUGCAAAUACUUCCCAUAUUAGAACUAGGCCCAUAAUUCUUACAUCAUUGAAAGAAUAGAAAAUUUUAUGAAAUAUACCAACUUUGGCAAACUCCUCUGAUUUCUCUCGAGUUUUAGUGGCAUUUUCCAUGCUAAACUUUAAAGCAUCAUUAACGACAUCCCCAUAAUCUUUGAGUUUUUUAUCCAAGUUUUCUCUAAAUGACGCAUCUUCUGCUGUUUGCUGAUUCAAGUGAAUUAAAACAGUUAACACCCAGUAACUAUUAACAGCAGUGAAUACUAUAAUUGAGCCUAGAGGAAGAAAGACUACAGUAGUUAUUAUCAAACCAGAUUUUAAUGAGCCAUAGUAUUGCAAAUCAUCUUCUGAAGGAUUGUCAAGAUCAACUUGACCUCCUAAGAAAGCAAAGAGAAAAAUUAAGAGUAAUGUAUUAAAAAUAACAUUUAAGUAAAAUCUUAAUAGUAUAUAGUUAGCAAAUUUCCAUCUAUCAUCUUUAAAAGCGUCCAUAAGUCCAGUUAGAAAUUUGUAAAUAAUAAACAUUCUAAGAAAGUAGGUGAUGAGUAAAUUAAGAAAGUCUAAUAUGUUAAGAACAAUUUGAAAAUUGUUAAAUUUAUCUUCACUGGAGAAUUCAUACAUUUUCUCAGUUAUGAAUCCAAACAGUAGAAAUAUUGUCAAAAUAUAAAGGAGGAUUUCAGUUAAAAUAUUCUCGACAUAUUGCGAAUAUUUUUGCCAGUUUUUAUUUGAUGAGAAAAAUCUUGAAAUUACUUGAAAAGUAACAAAUACUAUGAUGUCCAAUGAAGCGAAAAAAAUAUUCGCUGCUUUAUACCUUAAAGGGUUCGGAUCUUUGACUAGAUCAUAUAUAGUUACACAAAAAUUAAUAAGAAUUACUACUAUUGUAAAUACUGUGUAGCUUUUUUGCAUUAAAUCAUUUAGUGGUAUUUCCGUUAUUGCGUUAAUAAUUUUAAUACCGUUUCGUGCUUGCUUCCUAUUUUCUUUGUUCUUUAAUAUUUGAGACGUGCGUAAAGUUAAUCUAGUAGUUAUGGCUCCAUAAAUUGCCCUUCUUAAACUUUUUCUAAAGUUCGUUUCAUAUUUUUCCGCUCGUAGUCGUUCUAAUCUCCUCUGAGGAAUUUCCCAUCCUUCUUUAGUAUUUGGUUUAUGUCUAGCUAAAACUUUAGGUGGUAGUUCAAUUUUUAACUCUUCAUAUUGCCUGUAUUUGUUUCUUAUUUCGGGUGAUAAUUCUCUUGUAUGAUCAAUUGGUGCACUUAAAAAUGAAUGUCUUUCCGAAAAUUGCUCGUCAACAACAAUAUCAUCGUCAAUAUCAUCGUAUGAUGUAUAAUGAAUACAGCUGGUAUAAGGCGAGGUUUCGUACGUAUAAUCAAUAGAUAUGUUAUCGUCACUCCUACUUUCCCUUUCGUAAUCACUUUUUCGAACGUAUGGAUGACUUUCUUGCGGAUACGAAGUUUCAUUAUGGAUAUAGGCCUGGUUAAUAAAAUCUUGAACAUCCUCUGGAAAUCCACUCUCCACCUCACUAUCCGGAAAGUGCCGUCUUCUCAAUUUUUCCAUGAAUACCAAAAGAAAAACAAGAUUUUUGUAGUUUUAAAUUGAAUAUAGUGCCCUUUUAUUGCCUAAGCCUCUUUCAUAUAGCUGAAAAACCAAUAAAAU